GGGUCAGUCAGGAGUCACCCAUGAGUCUUGACACGUCCCCCGAGGCUCUGUCUACCUCAACCAACAGAAACCAAAACAGGUGAAAGAGUGCGGUCCGAGGCCUCAAACCCGUCAAUCACGAAAGAGAUCACAGACAAGAAAUGAGUUCCAAGCGGCGCAUAUCUCGCAUGCUGAAGAAGCCCGCGGUGAGGGCAGGGAUCCUGAUGAUUCUGGUCAUCCUUGGAAACAUUUUCUAUAAGGUUUUUUCGGCCCUUAACCUAGAUAAAGACGAACCAGAAGCGAAGGUGAGCCCAGGUCGUCACCUGGCCAAGCGGGAGCCGGGUAGUGGCCCUGACCCUGCCAGAGAGGAAGGCGCCUACCACGGUUUCCACGCCGUCAGUGAGACUAGAGACGGGAAGCCUAUAGUGAAGGUGCUCCUGCUGACCAACCCUCGAUCAGGCUCGUCUUACACCGGGGAGCUGCUGACUUCGAGAGGGGACGCCAUAUACAUGUUCGAGCCCCUCUACGUGUGGAGGAAGUUCCUGGGCGCUGGGGCGGACCCUAGAUACGAGGCCGAUUCAGCCAAGGUGCUUGGGGACCUGUUGGACUGCCGCCCGGAGGUCCUCCGCAGGUGGAGAAUGCUUUCCGUCUUCCGGAAAAGGCCCAGGGGCGCCCGUCACUUCUGCCGUGACGCUCAGCUACGUGUGGUGAAGACCAUCAGGGCCAAGGCGCACUUCGUCAAGCCCUGGAUCAUCAACAGGCCGGAUAUCAAGGUGGUUCACCUGGUGAGGGACCCUCGCGGUGUGAUGAACUCCUUGAAGAAUGGAGGAAACCUCUGGACUGACAACAACCGCAAUGCUUCUCUCCUGUGUGACGCCAUCAACAAAAAUAUUCAGCUGGAGGAUCUGGGUCCUACAAGAUACCUGCGUGUCCGAUACGAAGACCUAGUGGACCAUCCCGAGGAGGAGACGAGACGCAUCUACUCAUUCAUGGGCGUCAAUGUUGACGCCAAGGUGAUGGCCUACCUGAAGCGGCACACUGGCCGGGAGGACCCACAGGGUGUGGACCAGAGGUAUCUUAAUACGUAUCGAGACGUCAGCUUCCGACACGACCACUGGAAAGCGAAGCUGAACCCUGAUGUUCGUCAACACGUGGAGGACGUGUGUUCUGAUGUCAUGCAGAAGCUCAACUACCAGCCUGUCCUCGUCACAAUCUGGCCACAUAAACGAUGACCAAACGCUAGUGAAUCCAGCCACCAAACAUACACAAACACCUCCUCCCUUCCUCUGUAUGAGUGAAAAACACUUUACACACAACUCACAACUGAUGACGUACGUAUUUUCCUCGAAUAGUGUUUCGUUCACGUUCUCUGUUCGAAUCGCACCUCUCUGACGGCUUCAUCCACGUACUGCAAACGCCCUAGAUUGCCUACAGAACUUGACAACCUAACUUAAGUUAGACCUAACUAUUCAACACAUUCCGGUACAUAAUUAUACCAGGGGGGGGAGGGGAGGAAACCCAGCGUUGUCCAAGUCUUUCUGCCUGUCUCCCUUCUCUCUUUAUAUCUAUAGAUGUCUAUCAUUACCUAUCUCUAGCUCUACAUAUAUCUAGCCAUCUCUCCAUUUGACUGUCUUUAUGACUCUCUCUUCGUCCUCCUGCACAGCACAUCACAGAAACAAAUAUGUGUCUCGGAUGAUUUGAUUUUCAGUGUUAUAACUGCAACUUUCCGUCAUAUAGAAGCUUAAUUGUAUUGCAACAAUCACAGCUUUUUGUUUAAUAGAUCUUCUUACAAUUACAAUAAA